GAGACAGAGAGAGAGAGAGAGAGAGAGAGAGACAGAGAGAGAGAGACAGAGACAGAAAGAGACAGAGAGAGAGACAGAGAGACAGAAAGAGAGACAGAGACAGAAAGAGAGAGAGAAAGAGAAUCCUCUCAUCUUUCCAGACUACUUUAACUCCCUAAAGAAGAAAGAUCUGAAAGAAAACAAAGAAAGGACUACAGGAGCUGGAUAAAAAGCCAAGCCACUUUCUUGGACACACAAUUGAGCCUUAAGCUAACUGUUAUUGGAAUAGAGCCAUGCGUAGGGAAGCUAGCGACAGAUCAAUCUAUCCUGGAGUAGAGAGACAGAGAGCCAUGCGUAGGGAAGCUAGCGACAGAUCAAUCUAUCCUGGAGUAGAGAGACAGAGAGCCAUGCGUAGGGAAGCUAGCGACAGAUCGAUCUAUCCUGGAGUAGAGAGACAGAGAGCCAUGCGUAGGGAAGCUAGCGACAGAUCUAUCUAUCCUGGAGUAGAGAGACAGAGAACCAUGUGUAGAGAAGCUAGCGACAGAUCGAUCUAUCCUGGAGUAGAGAGACAGAGAGCCAUGCGUAGAGAAGCUAGCGACAGAUCGAUCUAUCCUGGAGUAGAGAGACAGAGAGCCAUAUGUAGGGACGCUAGCGACAGAUCGAUCUAUCCUGGAGUAGAGAGACAGAGAGCCAUGCGUAGAGAUGCUAGCGACAGAUCGAUCUAUCCUGGAGUAGAGAGACAGAGAGCCAUGCGUAGAGAAGCUAGCGACAGAUCGAUCUAUCCUGGAGUAGAGAGACAGAGAGCCAUGCGUAGAGAAGCUAGCGACAGAUCGAUCUAUCCUGGAGUAGAGAGACAGAGAGCCAUGCGUAGGGAAGCUAGCGACAGAUCUAUCUAUCCUGGAGUAGAGAGACAGAGAGCCAUGCGUAGGGAAGCUAGCGACAGAUCUAUCUAUCCUGGAGUAGAGAGACAGAGAGCCGUGCGUAGAGACGCUAGCGAAAGAUCAAUCUAUCCUGGAGUAGAGAGACAGAGAGCCAUGCGUAGGGAAGCUAGCGAAAGAUCGAUCUAUCCUGGAGUAGAGAGACAGAGAGCCAUGCGUAGAGAAGCUAGCGACAGAUCUAUCUAUCCUGGAGUAGAGAGACAGAGAGCCAUGCGUAGGGAAGCUAGCGACAGAUCUAUCUAUCCUGGAGUAGAGAGACAGAGAGCCAUGCGUAGAGAAGCUAGCGACAGAUCUAUCUAUCCUGGAGUAGAGAGACAGAGAGCCAUGCGUAGAGAAGCUAGCGACAGAUCGAUCUGGCGAGAGACAGAGAACCACCACUGGGGCCUUUGGGGACCUGACCGUAUGCUAGUUUCUACAUUCAGAUUUUUUUUAAUAUUCACUCCACUUUUCUGUUCUCCACUUUUCACUUAUUUUAAUGUUACAUGAGAACGAGUGUUAACCAUAACCAGAGACAUGUUUUUGUGUCAGGGUUGAGUUAAAAAAAAAAUAAUUCUGAAAUCUGGGUUGAGUUUUAGAAUCGGUUUGGCUUCAAGCAAAGAGAAAA